GGACUGAGAUCGAGUCCGGCAAGGACCAGGAUGAGAAACUCAGGAAGGAGCUUAAGAAACUCACCAAGGAGUAUGAGAGACUCAGGUUUGAGUUGUCUCAGGAGGGUGAGGGGACGGUGCGGCAUUUUGACAAGAAUCCGCGGCAGAGGAAGGAGAUGCUGAGGGAUCUGGAGAUGGUACUCAACAACAUAGAAAUCGAGUUACUGAAGGGGACCGAGACGGAUUCCAUCAAGGAGCCGGAGAUUGAGAGGGAUUCUGAUUCCGAGUCUGGCGAUGAGAGAGGCGCAGAUUGGUGGGCGUCCCUCAUAAGUAUGGAGCCCCAACCCCAAUUGGGACUCAGCAAGGGGACGGUGAGGGAUUCCAGCAAGGAGCCGGCCAUGGAGAGGGAUGAGAUGAAGGAGACGUUUUCAAGGAAGCACCAAACCCUGGUAAAGGAGCUCAUCUCCGCGGAGAGGGAGCGCAAAGACUUGCUUCUCUCCAUUACACCCACGUUUUCUCUCUGGAAACAAGUGGAUUCUCAAAAAACAUGGCGGAGACAGCCAUGCCCUGCAGCUAGGGAUGAUGGGGAACAAGACCUUGCAGACUACCUCAACUCAAUGCUCCAAGCCAUGGAGGACGUGGGCCAUCGGAUGCUAUCUAUGUUGGAUUUUCUCAACAAAUCUGAUUCUCCAGGGUCCAUCUGCUUGUACAAGGCCAGCGAGCUGCACAGUACAGCUGCCAGAUUAGACAUGCUCAUCUCCAAGGAAUUCAAUACGGACCAGCACCCGGAGACGAUGCAGGUGCAAGAGGAGGAGGAUCUUUCCUUCGACUUGUUGAGUCUUUUCACCAAGUAUUCUCAGUUUCCAAAUAAUUACCACAACACAUUGUCCCAGUUAGUUAUGGAGGAGUAUGAGGAGAAAAAGUAUGAGGUCGCGAAGGUUGAAGAGGAGGAGCAGGACAAGGACGAAUCCACAAUGGAGUAUCUCAAGGAAAGGAUGGACAUCGAGCAACAAUUUCUCGCCUAUGACCGGACAUACUGGGAAGACGUGUGGGGCAGCAGGAUCGGACGUUGCGGUAGAUUUAUGGAUACAACCAUAUUGAGCCCUAUGCAAUUUACACACUACACACCUGGUGGCAUCCAUUCCCCUGCUGCUGUCGCCGGUACUACUCUGCAGAUCUAUUCAGUCAAGAUAAAGGAUUUAAGAGGCUUGAACUGGCCACUCAGAGUGUACGGUGUGAUUGCUGCUCGAGACACUGUGGAUCACAACCGCAACAUUUUAUUCUCUCGGUCAGAGUUUAACUACCAAGAACUCAAUGAACAAGAUCCUUACUUAUGCUUGACUGGUCCGUCUCGUGCCAUUGUUGUUUUGGGACAUAUUGACUUUGAAGUUGAACUUCAAGUAACCGAUGGAGCGCAGUCCCAAACAUUGAUCAGCUGUAGAGAGCGUUACGGCAGUACAGAUGCUUUUUUCUCUUCCUUGGCCAGCGUCACUGAUGGUGGUGAUGGACGGACCUUUUUGCUCUCCAACCAGAGCUGUACAACUGAGGUAACCCUUGGCCAGCUUGAUAGAUCACUCCAAGCUACCAUCAUGGGUGUACGUGUUACCGAAGGGCCUUGGCCUUUUAAGUAUGGAUGCCGAGUUGUUUGCUCGUGGUCUUCUGCUGCUCCGAUAUGUUCCAACGACACCACUUGUAGGCAAGUUGUGCUGUUUGAUCACCGUGGUAAAGGAAUGCGUAGAGGAUCAGAUGGGUACCUUCAUUUGUCAAGGAAAGUGAUUUCCAUAGAAUCAUAUGGGACACUGAGAGUGAGCAUUGAAUCUUAUGGCAAGUCUGGCCGCCAUAUUGCUCGGAAGGAUAGUAUUCACUUUCCUGUUCAGAAGUGUCAAACAAAGACGCUUACUUGUCCAGUUGGUGAUGGUGGCGCCACCGUGGAGGUUACAGUUGCUUGGUCGUUGCUUGUGAAGGAAAAGGUGUAUCUCUCACUCGUUGAUUGUCCUAUGUAAGGUGUAUCACCGAUUGCCCUGCCAUAUACAGUAGUAAUGUAAGGUGUCAAACUGACUUGUGUCUA